AAACAUGACGGAAGACGUGAUGAACGACGAUUUUGAUAGUCUGGUGACCAAACCGACUGAAUUCAUUGAUUAUAAUUGUGAUAUUAACAAUGGAUUCAAUGACCUUUUGAAAUCGCAGAAGUUCGACAAAUUAGGGUUUAAUUACAAUGUACUGUCUAUUUUGGGUUGCCAGAGUAGUGGGAAGAGUUCCUUGCUCAAUAGUGUCUUUGGUUUGGAUUUCGAUGUUAUGAACACGAAGCUAGGCCACAGUCAAACUACUAAAGGUCUUUGGGGCGCGUUGGUGAUUCCUAAAGACACGGGAAGUGGGAAUGUGACUAUUGUUAUUGAUGUAGAAGGCACCGACUCGCGUGAGAGAGGUGAAGGCCGAUUAACUUUUGAGCAUCGUUCUGCGUUGCUCUGUUUAGCUAUAUCUGACUGUGUGGUUAUUAACUUGUGGUACCAUUCUUUGGGUAACCUUACUGGUUCUAACUAUGGUCUUUUGAAGACGGUUGUUGAAGCUAACCUUGAGUUAGCCGAGGCCUCUGAGAACACGCUUGCAUCUGGAGAUUAUAAAACUGUUUUAUGCUUUUGCAUUCGUGAUUGGUUUCCUGAGUUGGCACCCCUUGAGACUGUUCGUCAGAAGGUUGUGAAUGAGUACAUGCUGGGCAUAUGGAAUGACAUUAACAAGCCUGACAAAUUUAAGAACAGCAAGCUUGAGGAUAUAUUCCGUUUUGAGUUGUAUGGGUUCAACCAUGCACUUGUUCAUCCCGAUGAAUUUGCGAAAGAUUCAUCAAGGUUCCGCUUAGCGUGGGCCACCAGCAUUAGCCCGAAGUCAUAUUCUCGCGCAGUCCCUUCAGAUGGCUUCUUCUACUAUGCUAGCAACAUACUUCAGACCGUCAAGGAUCAAAGCCAUUUAGAUAUUCCAAACCAGCGUGAGAUGUUGGCUAACUUCCGCUGUCAAGAGAUAAAGGGUGGUGUUUUGGAUGAGAUGGUUCCAUCGAUUAGCUCCAUGCUUACUGAUGCCCAAUCUGGUGUUAUGGACGAUUUCCAACAUCGUGCGGUUGAGUUGGUUGAUGUGGCCGUUGGUAAGUACCUUGAGCUUGCGUCAAGGUACGACAAGACAACAAGUAAUAAAAUUGGCAAUGAGCUUGUUAUUUCAGUUUUUAGCAAGUUACAGCCGGUAUUCGAUGCCAUUAUAUCACACCACUGCUCUGACUUGGCAGUGCGUGCAACUGUGAGGUUGAAUGAGAAGUUUGCCAUCAGUGGCAAAGAACGUUCACCUAUGGUUGGUGGCCAGAAGGCCGCUGAUGUAUGGCCUAAGUUCAAUAUGUUAACUGACGAAAUAAAGGCUGAGUUGUACAACUCGCUAAAUUCGCACAUACUGUCGUGUGCGAUUAACUAUUCUCAUGAAUCUGGAAUACAAGCGCAAUCUGAUUUUGACACAUCUGCUGCCGUUGACAUGUUCAAUGUUACAUUUAAGAAUGAAGUUGAAUCUGUGAGAGCACGUCAUAUACGUGCUUUACUAGGCCAGAUAACUGAUUUGGUGGACUCUGGCUUUAAGGUUAUUGGUGAGGCCUUAUUGGAGCGCAAUGUUACGAGUGACAAGUAUUGGGGCGAUGUCAAUGAUCUUAUUGACCGCGCUUACAGUACGUGUUUGGACACUAUGGGUCCUUGUUAUACAGGGCUUGUACCAUCGGUACAACCGAAUGAGUUUGAGUAUUUGGCUUUUAUGAUACUACUCCAAGCAACCAAAUGUAACUUGGAGCGUACUGAAUCGCGUAUUACUGAUAUCAUACUAGAGCGUUUUGAGCAGUUUUUCCAAUAUCAGGAAUUCAACGGGGAGACUGUCCCACGCGACUGGGGGUCUUACACUGAAGAGGAGCUCAAACAGACCUAUACACAAUGCAAAAAGGAAGCACUGAACAUAGUUGCUGUAUUGCGUGACUGUUCUCCACCCACUCUGGAGGUACCGGCUUUUGAAGUGUCCUCACUAAAACCUAACCAUGUCUUAUACCAGGAACUGUCUGCAGGUGUCGAUAGCUUGAGGGCGACAACUACGUCACUCAGUGACGAGGUCCUCGUUGAUACUGUUAAAGCGUGCAGGAAGCGAUUCCAGGAGUUCUUCAGGACGGCUCAGCAAAUACAGAGUUCGUCUAAGAACGGUAUAUCGUGGAAGAACAUACCGCCGCCUUUCUGGAUACUUUUGCUACUAUGCUCGUGGAAUGAGUUAUGCAGCGUAUUACGGAUCGUAUUCAAGGUACAAGUGCUAAUCCCUUUGAUUAUACUAGGCUUCAUCGUUGUACAAUACUUCUCGCAUUUGGUAUUCGGCACCUCGGCUGAUGCGGUAUUCCGACCGUUUAAACGACAAGCGCGGGAACUAGCGAUGGUCGGCACUAAAUGGAUCUUUAAAGUGGCCACAUCAACCGCUGCUGCCGCAGUCAAUGCAGGGGCUAAGACUACAUUCCUAUCAGAUGAUGACAAUGACAGCGGCAAAAAGGCCGAAGAAAAUUGAGUUUUUAAAAAACAGAAUUGUGAUUAU